AUGCGCAUGCGCACUAUUCAAUGUUUAUUCGUGUGUGUGCAUUGCUGCUGCGCGCGUGUGUAUAGUGUGCCGUCUGAAAUCGGAGACUGGUUCAGUCGGCUAUUCCAACCAUCGCCAGCACGACCACGAGAUGUGGGUCAAGAACAACGAGAAGAGCCUCUCAAUCAGCCUCCUCAUGCUGGGCAGGCCGAGGUAAAUGAAGAAGGCGCAGGAGGAGAAGAAGGAGGAGGAGGAGAAAAUGAUCAUCCUGUAUGUGAAGAUGAGGUAACAGAUCUCCAAAACCGGGACUGUAGAUUCUCAGAGGCUGACGCGGAAAGGAAGGUGGGCCCUCGUGUGGCUCUUGAUAAAUCGUACCAGGAGAACAGCAAAAAACACUCUGCAGACAUUGAUAAAGAGUACAACCGCGUGUUCCCACUUCGUUCAGAGAUCAAUGCACUGCUGGCAGGAUUCAAGCAGAGGCUGGAGCUUCAGGAACACAUGAACUUGAGUGUGUGCUUCAAGAAUUUGAGAAAGCUUGUUGGGCUCUAUGAUACCCUAGAGUUUGAUAAGGAAGCUAUGAAAAUUAUCAUCGAUCCAAAUGCAGAUGAAGAUGCCGUUGAAGCAGUUAACAAGUUCAACAUGAUGCUUGAGAAAUGCCAUGAGUUUCAGGAAAAGCUACAAACAUCAAAACCAGUCAUGGAAGAAAAGCUCAUGGCCUUAGAAAAAGAAAGUACGCAAACCCAAGAAACUUUGGAUGCCACUGCGCGUGCCAAAAAUCAGCUCAAGUGUGUUCUGGAGUGGGAAGCAGACGUUAAGCACAUCAUAUUUGAAACCAAAACUUCCUCAAUUUACCAGCACCGGCAGCACCAGAUCACCAGCCUCCUAAUGGCCAUCUUCCAGCUGAAGAGGACGAAGGAGAUUAUGGUUUUGAUGAAGAAGACGGAGGAGAAGGAGGGGGAGAAGAAAGAAGGGAAGAAAGACGAGAAGAUGAAAGGGGAGAAGGGGGAGAGGGUGGAGAGAGAGGAGGAGGAAUGGGAGGAGGCGAGGGAGGAGAAGAAAAUGAAGGGGAAGGAAGGGAAGAUCAUGGUGAAGGUAACAGAUCUCCAAAACCGGGACUGUAGAUUCUCAGAGGCGGACGCGGAAAGGAAGGUGGGCCCUCGUGUGGCUCUUGAUAAAUCGUACCAGGAGAACAGCAAAAAACACUCUGCAGACAUUGAUAAAGAGUACAACCGCGUGUUCCCACUUCGUUCAGAGAUCAAUGCACUGCUGGCAGGAUUCAAGCAGAGGCUGGAGCUUCAGGAACACAUGAACUUGAGUGUGUGCUUCAAGAAUUUGAGAAAGCUUGUUGGGCUCUAUGAUACCCUAGAGUUUGAUAAGGAAGCUAUGAAAAUUAUCAUCGAUCCAAAUGCAGAUGAAGAUGCCGUUGAAGCAGUUAACAAGUUCAACAUGAUGCUUGAGAAAUGCCACGAGUUUCAGGAAAAGCUACAAACAUCAAAACCAGUCAUGGAAGAAAAGCUGAUGGCCUUAGAAAAAGAAAAUAUGCAAACCCAAGAAACUUUGGAUGCCAUUGCGCGUGCCAAAAAUCAGCUCAAGUGUGUUCAGGAGUGGGAAGCAGAUGUUAAGCACAUCAUAUUUGACACCAAAACUUCCUCAAAGCUGUUCACUUCAGGGAGAAUUGUUACCGGACUUCACUGAAACCUGAGGACUGUCGGUUGGACUUGUUUUUUUGUCUGUUAGCCUAGUUUUUGUGUUGGAA